AUGUCGAGCCUCACUUCUCUCUCAGGACUCACCAGUCUCUCCUGCUGCUUUGACGCAUCGGUGACGCCUUUCCCGAUCGCACAACUGCCGUGUCUGAAGUCGCUGGAGUUGGAAGCAGCAAGUCCGCGGUUCGACCUCAUGUUUCUGCUGAAUCAGCCAUGCAGCAGUCUGGAACGAUUGUGUCUCGGCAAGAGCGUCGAGCUUCAAAGUCUUCCUCAUGCCAUGGGAGAGCUGAUGCCAUGCCUCCGGGAGCUGAUCAUCAACGAAUGUGAAUCUCUCGCCCAUCUGCCUGGCGGCUUCACCUCCCUCCGCGCUCUGCAGAGGUUGACAAUUUCCCGGUGCAAGAUGACCAGCCUGCCUGGAACCUUCGGAAGGCUACCCGCUCUGACAUUUUUGUCGCUGGGUCUGCCGGAGCUCACGCAUCUCCCAGAUUCGUUCCGCCUCCUCACUGCUCUCAAGAUUCUGAAUCUGGUUGACUGUGAAUCUCUCAGCGAACUACCUCCAAGCCUUGGCGAUUUAACAGCACUCGAGUCUCUCAGCAUCGUCAACUCUCCACGCUUAAUGCUUUCUGAAUCCAUUGGAGAUAUGACCAACCUUAAGAGUUUCCACCUGAAUGAAGUUUCCACCUUGAGAUACUCAGAGCUUCCCUCAUCGCUUUCACGGCUCUCCUCACCCACAAGCCUUCAGAUCUUUCAAAGCGUCCUAAGCUGGCUUCCAGAGGGAAUGGGGAAGCUGAGUCAACUGUGUCAGUGA